GCGGGCCUCGCGAUCUACCGCGCAGCCCUCAACGACCCCGCCGUCGAGCGCGUCACCCUCCUCACCCGGCGCGCCGUCCCCGCAUGGGCAGAGCUCCCCGCAAACGCGACCGAAAAGACGGACGUGAUCGUGCACACCGACUUCAAGAGGUACGCGCCCGAGCUCGCGCAGCGCCUCGCGGAGCACGACGCGCUCGUGUGGGCGCUGGGCAAGAGCUCCGUCGGGAUGAGCGAGGAGGCGUACACGGAGCUCACAUACACGUACACCAUCGAGGCCGCGAAGGCGCUGAAGGCGGCGGGCGCGGGCAGUCUGGAGCAGCCGUUCCGGUUCGUGUUCAUCAGCGGGGAGCUCGCGGACCCGGAGGGGAAGUCGCGGCAGAUGUGGGCGAGGGUGAAGGGCCGCGUCGAGCGCGAGCUGCCGGAACUGUUCGAAGGCACGAAUAUCAAACCGCACGUCUUCCGCCCGGCCUACUUCUUCCCGUCCAAAGACUACCCGCAAGACCGGUUGCACCAGCGCAGCGCGAUCGAGCGCCUCAUCGACAAAGUCCAGACGCCCCUGAUCUCGACGCUCCUGCCAGCGUACUAUACGCCGAAUCAUGAGCUUGCACGGUUCGCGGUAGAGCUCGCGAAGGGGCGGUGGCCGGACCAAGUUCUGUACAGGAACGCGGAGAUGAGGAAGCUAUGCAGUCAAGGAGUUGCCGCCGCUUGGCGCCCAAAAUGCCAGCGCCCGUGA